UGUGCCCUCAGGUAUUCCAUAUCGUGUUGUCAUAAUACCCAUGAAGAAGCUGAGCAUCGCGAUGGCAACAGUUAAUCCCUGGGUGUGUGUGUCAGGAGAACUGGGUGAUUCAGGAGUUAGACAGAUCCCAAAGAAUACACAAGAAAUCUUUUUCCAGUGCAAGAACCUGGGCAGGCUGAGCACUCUGCAGCUCGGACAGGAGAACUCGGGCCUGCUGGCCAAGUGUCUGAUUGACUGUGUGAUGGUGUACAACGAGAUCACCGGACACACCUACAAGUUUCCGUGCGGCCGAUGGCUGGGGAAAGGCGUGGGCGACGGCAGCUUGGAAAGAGUCCUCAUUGGUCAGCUGGUGUCACCUGGUGCGGAGGAGGAUGCUGGAAGGUGGACAGGGACGCCUCCGGAGCUGGCCUCUCCUUCUCAGAGUGUUCGGACGGUGCUGGGAUCGCUUGGCAGCCGGAGCAGAAUGCUGUCAGUGGAAGUGCAGGAGGACAUGAGGGAGGCGGCGAAUAACCUUGUGAAGCAUUUCCACAAACCUGAACAAGAGAGGGGAAACCUGACGGUGUUGUUGUGCGGUGAAGGAGGGCUGGUGCUUUCGCUGGAGAAGUUCCUCCUCCAUGGCUUCAAGUCCAACCGUCUCUUCCAGAGGAAUGUGUUUGUUUGGGACUUUGUGGAGAAGGCUGUCGUUUCCAUGGAGACGGCCGAUCAGAUGGGCGACCUGCACGGAUCAACGCUGACCAGAGGUCCGCCCUGCGACUCACUGUGCCACUACGUCAACGCCAUCAACGCCUCGCCCCGAAACAUCGGAAAGGAGGGCAAAUUCCAGCUGUUCGUCUGCCUGGGAAUCAGGGACCGGCUUCUCUCCCAGUGGCUCCCCCUGCUGGCCGAGUGUCCCCUGACCGCCCGGACGUACGAGGACGGCGCUCUGCUGAGGGACCGCGCCGCCGUCCACUCCCUGUCUCGCAUCCUGCACACGCUAAACGAGUUCAGCGUCACCCUGGAGACGGCGCUGGUUAAAGGGGUCGACCUCUGACCCUGAGACCGGGCUCUGGUCUGUAACCCACGCUGCUGGGUUGUUCAUCUUUCCAUCCGGACGGGGGGAAAAAAACGGAGGUACUUUGAGACACUUGACUUUAUCAUUAAAACCAGCCAGCGGACCGGAUGAAGUCACUGGCAACUCAAGCACCAAACAUAUUGCCUUGUUCACUGAUGUAAAUGUCUUAUACACUGUAUUUGCUUCAGGAAAUAGUCCUCUGCUUGUUUACACUGUGAAAUUCUGUUUCCUCGAAGAGAAAGAGAGUCAUCGAUAACACUCACAUCCACCGUAGAUAUUUUCCCCGCUCACGUCAUUUACUGUACCUGACCCUGGGGGGGGCAACUAUAACUGCUCCUCCUACUGCUGUAUUGCUUGCACUUGAAUUUUAAACUAAGCACAUGCAUGGCCAGAAUCUGUUUGUUUGUUUGUUCUCCGUCUUCUGGUGUUGUGAUCUGAGAUGUCAGGACUCAGGCCUUAUUAUUAUUAUUCUUAUGAUUAUUGUCAUUUUUCUUGACUUCAUUUAUUGAAUAUCUUAGUAAAUAUACUCAAGAAAAAUAAUGCUCCCUCUCUAUAAUGUUAAAACUGUUCUAUUAUUAUGCUCUUGUUCUACUGUGUGAUGUCUGGCCUGUUUCUCAUUGUUUAUUUCAGUUUGGGGUCACAUGCGAGUUGUGCUCAUGAAAAAAAAAAACAAAAAAAACUCCUCAGUUGGUGAAACACUGGAUCCGAACUGGUGUCCUAGUUGUGUCAGUUCAAAUAGUGUUUGUCAUUUUGUCAGAAGGCUUUUAUCCCCCUCCUCUCUCUCAUUGUAAAUAUUUUUGCUUCGUCAGAUCUUUGAUAGACUCGAUCCAUCCCGUUUGAAUCGUUUCCCCAUCGGUUCUUACAGUGUAAUGAAUUUGUGGCAUACUUUUUUUUCUGUAUAAAGGCAUCUUGUUUGUGUCCGUGUGCGACCGAUAGACUCCACGUUUUCUCAUGUGGAUACGAGUCAUGCUGUUUUGUUUCUAAAAAAAAAUCAGACAGUGAAUAGAGCACAGGUCGGUAAAAAAAACGCUAGGUAUUAUGUUGAUGUCACGUUUGAUUUAACAGCUGAAGAAUUAUGAAAAUGCUGCCUCCUGCACUAUCCUGCAAGCACUAUGUAACCCACGAUGACCAAGCCUCUAUUACCGUUUAAAUACAGAUUAGAGAAAGCAAUAAUGAACUGUUAUUUAUGACGUGUGCUGUUGAAGAAUAAAGUUAAUAUUGAAAUAA